CAAACCCGAAUGGUUGGUCGACGUUCUGGUCGCUGACGACUGGUUAACAAUGCGUAACGGGCCUUAUGUUUGGUCUGCAAGAAAGUUUCCUGUCGUGUGAACCAUUCGUGUUUCGAUUCCACGAACUUCAUUUGUCGUUAGCUCAUGCACCAUCAUUCGUUAGCUUUUUCAUGGUCGCCGCGACCAAGUGUUCACGAGUUCUCAUAAUAUUUUCUUGCGAAACUUUUGGUUGCCGACGACCUUUGGUCGCCGGCGACCGUUCGACAGUACAUAACAACCCUUGUAAUGAACUUCGAUACGGAAAAAUUUAUUUUAGAAAUUGAAGCUCACAAAGCAAUUUGGGAUUCAUCUUGCAAUGACUAUACCAAUCGAGAAAUUAAAAAAGCUCAAUGGGAGGAGAUAAUAAAUAUAUUUGCGAGUGAAGAUUUUACUGAAAAGGAGAAAAAGGAAUUUGGUCUAAAUCUUCAAAAAAGAUGGAAAAAUUUAAGAAGUUGCUUUUCCAGAGAAGUACGAAGAAUGAAAAAUGCCAACAAUCUAUCUCCUGCCUCACGUAAAAGUCCUUACAUCUUUUAUAAUCAGCUUCAAUUUUUGAAAAAUAUAAAUGUAGACACAAAUACAGAAAACAUCUAUGAGGAGAAUGAUCCAAUCGAAGAUGGUACAUUAGGACCAUAUUCGAGGCAUCCUACAAAGCUUAGAAAAAAGUCUACAGAUAAUACAAAUGAGGAAUUAAUAAAUAUCUUGCAAACAUCUAUGGGUGGUCGACCAUGGAGAGAAACUUUGGAAGAAGAUGAAGACCGCAUGUUUUUAUUAUCGCUUUUGUCAUCAUUUAAAAAGAUUCCCGAGCAUAAAAAGUCAUUAACGAAAAUUCAAAUAAUACAAUUGAUCGAAUCGGCUCAAUUCACGGAUAAUUUUCCAGAUUUAAAACGGCCACAAACGAACAUACAAUUGAAUAAUUACAAGAUGCAUGAUUGUAAUCAAAGUGAUUACUAUCAAACGCAUCAUACUACCGGUCGACAUACGACAACUUUGGAAAAUCUACAACAAUCUCAACAUUUUUCAUCGUCCACGUCGUCCUCUGAAAAAUCUGAGUAUUAGAAUUCAUAUUCAUUUUCAAAUUUUUAAAUUUUAUUUCAUCAGUCCAUAUCUUUAAGUUUUAUUAUUGUAUUAUAUGUUUUAUUGUACCUGAAUAAAUAACUUAUUUUAAAAUAAGAAA